AUGAAUAGUUUCUCUAUUUAUCUAACGGCAACGCUCCUGUGUAAUAAAGAUUACGAAACUAAAAAUGCAAUUUUCUUAAAUUCAGCUGGCGAAGAUGCUCAAAACAUUUUUAGAACGUCUAAAUUUGUUGGUGACGAGGGAAAAAUCUACGAUAAAGCAAUACAGGCGUUUGAGGAGUAUUGCAAGCCACUUUGGAACGAAACAUAUGAUAGAUAUAAGUUCUUCAACAGAAGUCAAGGUGAAGAUGAAGUAUUUGAUAGGUUCCUGACAGACAUUAAAAUUUUAGCAUGUAAUUUUGGAGUACUAGAAGAUUCACUAGUCCGUGAUAAAAUAGUAGGAUGCAAGUUUUCUAAUUUAACUAAUGUAGGAGUAGCCUCUAGGUCUGCUAGUACUAAUCAAAAAGUCUAUGAGAUUACACAUGAUAGGUAUGACACACCUGAUGUCCGACCUCGCUGCCUUCACACCUAUUGCUGCCAACCAACCUAA